GUUCAGAGCCCAAGGACUUACAGCUUCCUCUGCUGCCUUCCUGUGCCAACAACCCCCCAAAAGUUGUGAUGCUUUUCUUUACACAGUGCUUUGGGGCUGUGUUGGAUCUCAUUCACCUCCGGUUUCAGCACUACAAGGCUAAACGGGUUUUCUCUGCUGCUGGGCAACUUGUCUGUGUGGUCAACCCCACGCACAACCUAAAGUAUGUGCCUAGUAGACGGGCCAUCACUCAGAACUCCGCAGAGCAAGGCAGCUUCCACCCGCACCAUCUUCCCCACCACCACCGCCACCACUGUCACCACAACCACCUGUAUCAGCAUGCCCGUCCCCGCCACCUCCACCACCAGGAGCCGGGGCUGCACAGCGCUCAGGUGACACCCUGCACAUGCCCACUGUUCUCCUGCCAGUGGGAAGGCCACCUGGAGGUGGUGGUUCCUCACCUGCGGCAAAUCCACAGGAUUGACAUCCUGCAGGGGGCGGAGAUAGUCUUCCUGGCCACGGACAUGCACCUCCCCGCGCCAGCCGACUGGAUCAUCAUGCACUCCUGCCUCGGCCAUCACUUCCUGCUGGUGCUCAGGAAACAGGAACGACAUGAAGGGCACCCUCAGUUCUUUGCUACCAUGAUGCUGAUUGGGACUCCCACCCAGGCCGACUGCUUCACCUAUCGCCUGGAGCUCAACAGAAACCACAGGCGUCUCAAAUGGGAGGCCACCCCAAGAUCUGUCCUGGAGUGUGUGGACUCAGUCAUCACUGAUGGGGACUGCCUGGUUCUAAACACCUCACUAGCCCAGCUCUUCUCUGACAACGGCAGCCUCGCCAUUGGAAUCGCCAUCACCGAGACGGAGGUCGGAGCCAGGGAUGCUGCUGAGAUGUGAGACCAGGAGUCGCUGGGUAUCCUGUGCACCUUGGACCUCUAGACAUCAGGACCUUUUUAAUUACCCUUCUUUUUUUCCUU